UCUCACCAUCACCACUUUAUAGUAAUUCUGAGCUUUAUCUUGAUGUUAUCAUUUUUUUAUCAUUCGAUCUCGAUCAUCUUGCUUCUUAAUAAUGUUCGUCUUCGUGCACAAGAUUGUAUCAUACUAUGUUUUGUAUUCUCAGAAAGUGCUGCUGGCGAGUUGGCGAGAUGCACACAGGCACUGCAGAGGGGCAGUACCGCGGUACCAACGGGUCUUCGGUGGGUCGUGACAAGGUCGCCAUCUUGGACGCCGGCUCCCAGUAUGGAAAGGUGAUAGACCGACGCGUGCGCGAACUGCUCGUUGAAUCCGACAUCCUCCCGUUGGACACACCAGCCUACCACCUGAAGGAAGGCGGUUACCGCGCCAUCAUCAUCUCUGGCGGGCCCAACUCAGUGUACGCCGAGGAUGCGCCGAGAUACGACGCGGAUAUAUUCAAAAUUGGAUUGCCAGUACUUGGUAUCUGCUAUGGCAUGCAGAUGCUGAACAAAGAGUUCGGUGGCUCCGUGCUGAGGAAGGAGGCUCGCGAGGACGGCCAGUACGAAGUGGAGGUGGAGACCACUUGUCCAUUGUUCAACCGCCUAGAGAAACUCCAGCCAGUGCUGCUGACGCACGGCGACAGCGUGCAGAAGGUGGGCGAGCGGUUCCGCGUGGGCGCGCAGUCCUCCAACCACCUCAUAGCCGCCAUCUACAACGAGCAGAUGCGCCUCUACGGCGUGCAGUUCCAUCCAGAGGUGGAUCUAACUCCCAAAGGGAAGCAGAUGCUCUCGAACUUUCUAUUCGACAUCGCGGGUCUAUCCCGGACCUUCACACUGCGAUCGAGACGCGAAGCCUGCUUACAGUACAUCCGGGAUACGGUUGGGGACAACAAAGUGCUUGUGCUAGUGAGCGGCGGCGUGGACUCCACAGUAUGCGCCGCGUUGUUAAGGAACGCGCUACGCGAAGACCAAGUUAUAGCACUACACAUCGAUAAUGGUUUUAUGCGUAAAAAUGAAAGCGCUAAAGUGGAAAGGUGCCUCAGAGAAUUAGGAGUUCGCCUCCACGUCAUCAAUGCAGCUCAUCAAUUCCGUCAGGGCAGCACUGUAGUGCGCGAGGCGGGCGCGGGGGCGGGCGCGGGCGCACGCGCGCGGCACACGCCGCCGCUGUGCCACACGGCCAGCCCGGAGGACAAGCGGCGCAUCAUCGGCGACGUGUUCAUACGGCUCGCCGAGCAGGCCGCCAGGGACGCCAACUUGCAAGAGGAUCAAGUCCUCCUCGGACAAGGAACUCUCCGGCCGGAUCUGAUAGAAUCAGCUUCUUCACUCUGCUCGGCCAACGCGGCCACCAUCAAGACUCACCACAACGACACCGAGCUCGUGAGGGUUCUCCGCCAGCGAGGGAGGGUCGUGGAGCCGCUCAAGGACUUCCACAAGGAUGAGGUGCGCGCCCUGGGCGUGGAGCUGGGCCUGCCCGCGGCGCUGGUGGAGCGGCACCCGUUCCCGGGCCCCGGGCUCGCCGUGCGCGUGCUGUGCCAGGACGAGCCCUGGGCCGACCGCGACUUCGCCGAGACGCAGGUGAUAGUGAAAAUAAUGGUGGAAUACGCGUCAAUGUGCGUGAAAUCGCACGCGCUGCUCGGGCGGGUGUCGAACGCGAGCAGCGCGGCCGACCAGGCGGAGCUGAAGCGCAUCUCCUCGCAGUCGCCGGUCGCCGCCACGCUCCUGCCGCUGAGGACUGUCGGUGUGCAAGGUGACGGACGGACAUACAGUUACGCGGUAGCACUAUCGACUGAGCGGUACCCGCCGGACUGGAAAGACAUGGCUUACCUCGCCAAAAUGAUACCGAGGGUCUGCCAUAAUGUUAACAGGGUAUGCUACGCGUUCGGCGGUCUGAUCAAAGAGCAAGUGACAGACAUAACGCCGACGUUCCUCACGCAACACGUGGUCUCCACGCUACGUCAAGCCGACGAUCUUGUCACACAGGUGCUGAUGUCAAGCGGCAUAAUGAACCGUAUAGCGCAAAUGCCCGUGGUCCUGAUCCCGAUACACUUCGACCGGGACGCCGCAAUCAGGGCUCCCUCGUGCCAACGCUCCAUAGUGCUCCGCCCCUUCAUCACGUCCGACUUCAUGACCGGGGUGCCGGCUAUACCCGGUUCUGAUGCUAUGCCUCAAGAUGUAUUAGACAGAAUGCGCAAGGACCUGAUGAGCGUGCCUGGCAUAUCGCGAGUGCUCUACGACCUGACGCCGAAACCGCCCGCCACCACCGAGUGGGAAUGAUCGCAUGCGCCCGAGUUUUAUAAUACUUUUUACUGGAUUACUCAACGAACCCACGCGAAGGGCAGUGGUUCUAGAGUUCUAUUUUUGAAAUUAACGACUCGCUCUGUACUGGCUGGAUAAAAGGAAUUAAUUAAAGGUAAAAAAAAUUAAUGUAGGACGAUUUGUUUAGGUCAGUUUUGAGUGAGUCGCUUAAUUCUAAAAAUAGUAGUCUUGGUUCUUUUUUUAUAUAACGACAUUGCACGGCUUGAAAUGCCGGCGAAUUUCAUUUGAAUAUUGACUCGAUUACGGAGGGAUUGGUAAUACUAGCGAGUGAUCUGCUCUUAUUUGGUACCAAAUGCCCAAGGCAUAAGUACAUUGCGCAGUGACCCAUUUUCAUGUACAAAUAAAAACAACUGUCGUUGCCAGUUCUGUCUUACAAUCGAGUUUUAUAAAUAAAUUAAAGUCUUUUUUAUUGAUGUAUAAACUAAGGAUUAUGAUGAAUGUGGUAGAAUUUUAAAACCGAUUUCCUUAUGUUAACAUUUAAGUACUUUGAAAUUCAACCCCAUUUGUUAUAAUUCUAAUAGCGUAAUUCUAAAGCAUGGUCACCUUAUUUGACUUUGUGGUAGUUUAAUAUAUAAAUCUGUUUUAUUUGCUCUUAUUACUAGUUCACGGCACUUCACUGAAUGUCUUAAGUUGUUUUUUUCGCAAAUCGACAUGCUGUAAUUUGUAAUUGGAAUAUCAUUAUCAUUCAUACAAAAGAUCGAACUGCAGAGAAUAAAGGAUAAAUCAUGCCUGUUUCUGGAGGGGUAGGCCGAGAUUAAAUCUUUUUUACGAUCAUAUUCCACCAAAAAAAAAACAUUUUUGCGAUGUCAGUAACUAUUUGCUUUGUAGUAGCGAUUCGAUGACGCUGCGCGGUUUUUCGGUUUAAAGGAAAUUUUAAUGCAUUGUUGUAAAGUGCCUAAUCGCGCCCAGUCGAUGCGCUGCCUUUGUAAAAGUACACAAUUAAUAUAUAGGAAGCACUCAUGUUUUGCAGACACAGCACUUUACUUUUUUACGUUUCUUGGAACAGCAAAUAAUUUUCUGUCAUGUACUGCGAGCAUCAUACAAAUCCGAUCCACGUUUAAGCAGUGACUACAGAUUGAAGGACAUGGAAGUAGCACCAACCUAGAAAACAAUCACUUAGCAAGCUUCAAAUGCGGAAAAUGACUUUUCCAUUUUUCUCCAUCCCUUGUUGCAAUAAGAAAGGAGAGGAGACGAAAGGAAUAAAAAGUUAAUUUGCAGUCAUUUUUUGUUUGUGAUAUGUUUAAAGUGGUUUUUCAGGUAUGUUAUAAUGUUUAUAGUCUAAGGUCAUGUUUCUGGGACCUGCACUGUUCACACAACACAAGUUUUCUGCGAUGUCACAUGAAUUCUUAAUUUAAAUCAAUUUUAGUUUACUAUGAAAUUCUGUAAAUUAAUCAAAUAAUUUAUUCAAGUUAUUAACAGCCCAUAUUUUAUACAGGUUGUCAGAACAUCGAGGAUGUGAUUAUGUUAUUUGCAAUGAGUUUCUGUUGAAUAAAAUAUUGGUUAUGUUAUUA